AUGGCUCCCGCCGCACCCUUCAACCCCCCCGCCGCCGACCUCCCCGGCAAGCCCUCUGUUCCUCAAUGGGUUCCCCCUCCGGUAACACAGGAGAAGGAGAACUUUGCAGAGCUCACGAGCAUUGACCUCUCGUUGCUUGACUCGGAGGAUCCUGCUGUCGUUGAGGACUUGAUCAAGCAGGUCAAGCGGGCUAUCCGCGAUGAUGGCUUCUUGUUUCUUGAGAACUAUGGUAUCUCGCUAGAGCAGCUCCACCGUCAAUUCUCUAUUGCGCAGUACAUGUACCACAACAUCACCGAGGAGGACAAGGAACGUCUGCUCUUCCACCCCGAGACCGGCGUCUGGUCCGGCUACAAGCAUCCCUACGGCUUCAAGCGCGAGCGUGGUCCCCCUGAUGGUAUCGAACAGUUCAACUGGUACAAGCCCGACUGGGAGGACGUCAACGGCCGGGUCCCCAAGUGCCUCCACCCUUUCAUGGACGAGAUCGAGGCCUUUGCCAACUACCUCACAAAGUCGGUCAACCGCCGCCUCCUCACCCUCUUCUCCCGCGUCCUCGAGCUCCCCGACGACUACCUCUGGGACAAUGUCCAGUCCCACGGCAGCCCGACCGGCGAGGGAUAUUUCCGCCACGCUCUGUUCCGCCCCGUGCAAAAGACUACCGAGGAGGCUUCCAAGGGUCUGCGCAUGCAUGGACACACAGACUUUGGCUUGACAACUCUGUUGUUCUCGGUGCCUAUUUCGUGUCUUCAAAUUUGGGGUCGUGAUGAGAAGUGGUACUAUGUUCCUUACAAGCCUGGUGCUCUCGUCAUCAACAUUGGUGAUACUCUCGAGAUUGUUUCUGGUGGUCACUUCAAGGCUACUCGUCACCGAGUCUUCAAGCCUCCGAUUGACCAGCGCCAGCAAGAGCGUCUCUCUCUCGUCCUUUUCAACAGCUCCGUCGGUGACCUCCGCAUGACACCCGCCAAAGAUUCUCCACUCAUCCAGCGCGAGGGCUGCGUCGAAGACCAAGGCGUCUACUCCGAGUUCAAGAAGCGCACAUCGCAGGGCCAGCUCGUCCCUACAAACCGUCAAUGGCGCGAGAUCCAGAUCUCUACGUGUACGGAUCCCACGGAUACUGUGCGCAACCGGGUCGGUGCUGAUCAGGUUCUGAUCGAUGGCAAGCUUAUGCAUCAGCGAGAGUACAUGGGCGUCAAGGUUGUUCUGCCUGUUUAA